UUAUGAAAAAGAAGCAAAACCAAUCAUGGAAAAAUUAUAUUCCAAUUACAAAAUGGUUACCAAACUAUAGCAUAAGUGAAAACCUGAUCAAUGACAUCAUUGGUGGUGUCACUGUCGGUAUUCUUAAUGUUCCCCAAGGAAUGGCAUAUGCUUCUCUGGUUGGUCUUAAACCAGUUUAUGGAUUGUACACAUCUCUAUUCCCAUCACUAAUUUACAUGUUUUUUGGAACAAGUAGGCAUGUGGCACUAGGAGUUUUUGCUGUUGUCAGUUUAAUGUCAGGGUCUUGUAAUUUACGAGUUACUCAAGAAAUCAUAUCCAACAAUGGAACCAAUAUGACGAGUACGGAGGUUGAAGCGAUAUCCAUAAAUGUAGUUAAAUCCCUUGGACUUGCUGUUGGACUAAUUCAGAUAAUCAUGGGUCUCUUCAAAGCUAAUUACCUCAUUUCAUAUUUAUCUGACCAGAUUAUAUUGGGAUUUACUACGGGUGCUGCAGUUCACGUGUUGACAGCUCAAUUGAAUAAAAUUCUUGGUGUUGCUUUGCCACGCCAUUCCGGAAUAGGAAAACUUUUUUUUAUUUAUCAAGACUUGAUUACCGCAAUAAUUGGUGAAAAAGUGAAUGUUAUCACUUUUGGUGCUUCUGUAGUGGCAAUCGUAAUAUUAUACAUUUCAAAAUACAUUUUGACGCCACGGUUCUGUGCGAAAACGUUGGUUCCUAUACCUUUUGAUCUAUUUUUGAUUGUAAUUGGAACAAUCAUCGCGGACUGGUUUCAGGUAGAGGAGAGAUGGGGAGUUAAAGUUGUAGGCGAUAUACCAACUGGAUUUCCAAAUCCCGCGUUACCGGAUUUGUUCAUGUUUAGGCAUGUAAUUGGCGACGCUCUAGCUAUUGCAAUUGUAUCUGUUGUUGUGACAGUAUCCAUGGGAAAGGUUAUUGCCAAGAAACACAAUUAUGAAAUAGACGUUCGCCAAGAAUUUUUUGCCCUCGGGAUUGUGGCUUCCACCUGUUCAAUGUUUCCAUGUUGGCCAGCAACAACCGCAUUGGCGAGAACUUUGAUCAACGACAAUGCAGGAACAAAAACUCAAAUCUCGGCUAUAUUCUCAGCAUUGGUUCUCACAUUAGUUCUGUUUUUUAUCGGACAAUAUCUGGAGGGUUUACCAAUGUGUUUACUCUCGUGCAUUGUCAUUGUGGCACUUCGAGGAAUGUUUUUACAUCUUCAAAAUUUUGUAACACUUUGGAGAGUUUCUAAAUAUGAUUGGGCAAUAUUUGCAAUCACCUUCUUUGCAACAGUGUGCUUGGAUGUUGUACCAGGGCUAUUUAUCGGGACAAUUUUUGCGUUGCUACUUUCAAUUUUGAGAAUACAACGAUCGAGCCCAACACUUCUGGACGAUGACUGCGCCGAAUCUGGAAAAACAUUCGUUGUGUUCUUUGCAUCAUCACUUUUUUAUUUCAAUUGUGAACGUUUCGACAGAAAAAUUCAGAAAAUCGUUGCACAAAUCACGGGAGAAAAAGAUAUUUCAAAAGCAGCAGUUUCAACAGAAGACAUGGCAAUGAUUGAUAGCCAUAAACCACAGAAAACAGUAAUAUUCGACAUGAACGGUGUAUCAAGUAUUGAUUUGUCAGGUGCUAAUUUACUAGUAAAAAUUCAAAAAGACCUCAUAACUAACGACAUUUCUUUCAAAAUUAGAAAUCCAAGUGAUCACAUAUUUUCGUUCUUGACCGGUCUACCAAACACAGAUCAGCUAUUUGAGUCAUAGACACCGCCGCCUCUGAGAGGUUCAAAGUGUGGAUCCCCACUCAUUCCUAUCCGAUUAACAAGCGAUAUCGUCGUCUGGUUGACCAAACACUUUAUGAUGUUUCAUACUUAUCCGAAUUUGUUAGAGUUUUACUCGUCAUCUUUCUUCAUUUUGAAGAUUAUUUUGCUUUUUUCAUUUAAUUUAUACAAAUGUUAGGAAAUUAAUUAGUUUCUUCGGUUUGUUCUCUUUUGCAAUAUAAAAUUGUCAAAAUACAUACAAAGAAAAA